ACUUACUACUUACUGGUGGAAUGAACCCAAGAACGCAUCCUUCCCAUCACUGCUGUGCCGCAGCUGCCGGAACACACUGCGUUGCCAGGGAUUCGCCGCCUCCUUGCCUGGUAUCCUUGCUGCUUCGCCACCUCUUAGCAGAGCUGUCUGCCUCGCCGAUAGAUCCCUCAGCGACCGUGCAAGGUCGUCGCAAGAGCCCUCAGCCUCACAGCCACCAUCCAGAUUCUCUUCUCCUUUGAAGGCCAAACCAUUCGACGAAAGAGAAAACAAAAUCUGUGCCUUAAUACACUGUCACUGAGGAAGCCCCUCAGAUAAACCCAUUGCGUCUCCUUUUAGUUCAAUGACAUUCAACCCAGAGUGAGACAUAACUUACCAAACAUGUCAGCCACAGCACCCGAGGCCCGUCAAUGGCACUGGGAGAAUGCUGCUGCCGGUGGCACAGCUGGGUUUGCCACUGUCGCUGUCAUGCAUCCCCUCGAUGUUGUCCGCACUAGGUUCCAAGUUAAUGAUGGCAGAGUCUCUCAUGUUCCCAAUUAUAAGAAUACUGUUCAUGCAAUUUUCACCAUUGCUCGAUCUGAGGGAUUAAGAGGAUUAUAUGCAGGUUUUCUUCCUGGGGUUAUUGGGUCGACUAUUUCAUGGGGCCUAUAUUUCUUUUUUUAUGAUAAAGCGAAACAAAGAUAUGCUAGGAAUAGGGAGGAUACACUGAGCCCAGGUCUUCAUCUUGCCUCAGCUGCUGAAGCAGGAGGUUUGGUGUGCUUGUGCACAAAUCCUGUUUGGCUGGUAAAAACAAGAUUGCAGCUUCAGACUCCUCUUCAUCAAACACGACCAUACUAUGGGAUUUUUGAUGCAUUUAGGACCAUAAUGAGGGAAGAAGGUUUUAGAGCACUCUACAGAGGAAUUGUUCCUGGUCUAUUUCUGCAGGUCUCUCAUGGGGCUGUUCAGUUCACAGCAUAUGAGGAGCUUCGUAAAGUUAUUGUAGACAUAAAGCACAGGGGAAGUAAAAGGCAUCUUCAAAACCCGGAUGAUCUGUUGAAUUCUGCUGAUUAUGCUGUUCUUGGAGCAACAUCAAAAAUUGCUGCAAUACUUCUAACCUAUCCAUUUCAGGUUAUGAGAUCUCGAUUGCAGCAACGGCCUAGUGCGGAUGGGGUUCCAAGAUAUGUGGAUAGUUGGCAUGUUGUGAAGGAAACUGCAAGAUAUGAAGGUGUCCGAGGAUUUUACAGGGGAAUAACCCCAAGCCUUUUGAAAAAUGUUCCUGCUUCUUCAGUAACAUUUAUUGUUUAUGAAAAUGUUCUUAAAUUGCUUAAACUAGCAAGGAGGAAUGACUAAAUAUUUUCCUUUUCCAUCUUAAUUCAAUCUCUCUCUCUCUCUC